AUGGUGCAGGUGUGCUUCCCCAGCGCUCAGGCCUCGGUGCUGGACAGCCUGAACCGGCAGAGAGAGGACGGCAGGCUCUGCGACCUCUCCAUCCACGUCCAGGGACAAGUGUUUAAGGCCCACCGCUGCGUCCUGGCCGCGUCCUCACCCUACUUCCAUGACCAGGUACUACUGAAGAACAUGUCUACAGUCUCCAUCCCGGCAGUGAUGGACCCGCUGGCCUUUGAGAGCGUGCUGAGCUGUGCCUACACCGGUCAGCUCCGGAUGCUACGCGAGGACAUCGUCAACUACCUCACGGUGGGCAGCGUCCUGCAGAUGUGGCACAUCGUGGACAAAUGCACCGAGCUGCUGAAGGAGGGCCGAGCUGCCGCCGGAGGAGGGACGGGUGGAGGAGGCGGAGGCGUGCAGGACAGAGCCAGUGUGGGAGGGGGUGCAGGGUCAGCUAACCCCGGGUGUAGCAGCAGCAACGGUGACGGGGGGCCAGCUGGUGGGCUUGAAGCCGGGAGUGACGGUGGUGUUGGUGGAGGUCAAGCUCAGGUCGUGGGGUCCAACGAGCCCCAGCGUGCCUCCCAACCUCCCAGCCGCCCGUCAGUGAGCGAGAGCCAGUCUCCCAGCAGCACCAACUACUUCAGCCCCAGGGACGGGAGCAGCUUUGGGGGAGGCAGUGCAGCCGCAGCCGGGGCUUCGGUGGACGGAGGCGGGGCUAGCAACACGCCCAGCUACUGCACGCCAUCGGGAGGGGAGGAGGCCUUUCUCAUCGAGGAAGAGGAGGAUGAAGUAGAGGAGGAAGAGGAGGAGGUGUUGUACCACCAAAGGAAGAGGGGAAGAGGAGGAGGCAGCGGAAGGAGGAAGAAAGCAAGCUCAGUGUCAGAGCAGGAAGUCGGAGUCAGCGACAGCUUUGGUGUGUCGUCCUAUCAGGAUGGGGAGGACUCAGCGCUGCCGCCGCAGAAGCGUCCCACCUACAGCCAGCCCAGCAUCAUGCCUCGUAAACAGUGGGUGGUGGUGAAAACCGAACGCACGGAGGACGACGACCUCAUCGUGGUGUCCGGGGAGGAGGGAGGGGAGGACGAGGAGGACGAGGACGAGAGGGAGGCGGAGCUGGCCAGAGAGAGGGAGAGAAGCGACUUCAACAUCUCCAACGUCAGGAGCCUUUCAGCCGAGCUGGGAAGCAGAGCUGAGAACGACAUGGACUCACAGAUGGACUACUGCCAGUCUUCAGAAGACUACCUCAAGUUUGAAGGCAGUUUAAUGGACCAGACGUUAGCGCAGCACCUUCAUGACAGCGCUGCAGGUCAGAGCCAGAGCGCUAACCGUGCUGUGUCAGCGCUGCUGGGCCAGGUUCAGUCCGCAGCCACGGCCCGGGCCCAGCUCUUCCCCCUGGACAUGCAGGGGAACCAGAUCCUCCUCUACAGCCAGGCGUCCGGACUCUCUCUGGACGCUGCCGCCCCCCCGCUGGGGAUGGCAGGUGGCAUGAUCGGAGCAGCCUCUUUCAAAGGUCCCGGUCUGGAGCACGGCGCGGUCCACCUGUCGGUGCAGGGCGGUUUGGGAGUCGAUGGCAUGGACAGCGGGGGGAUCGGAGGUGGAGGCGGCAGCGGCGGCAGCAACAGCGGCACCGGGGGUUCAGGGAAAGUGUUUAUGUGUCACUGUGGUAAAACCUUCACCCACAAGAGCAUGAGGGACCGCCACAUUAACAUGCACCUGGACCUGAGGCCGUUCCACUGCCCUGUCUGCGCCAAGAAGUUCAAGAUGAAGCAUCAUCUCACAGAGCACAUGAAGACGCACACGGGCCUCAAGCCGUACGACUGCCUCGGCUGCGGCAAGAAGUUCAUGUGGCGCGACAGCUUCAUGAGGCACCGCUCGCACUGCGAGAGGCGCAGCGGGCUGGGGGAGAGCGGGGAGGGUGGGAGCAGCGGCGAGGGAGGGAGACGAGGGGGAGGUGAGGAUGGGCCAGAUUUGAUUUCCUCCCCUCACCUCCUCUUGUCUGCGGGUGAGGGAGGUCAGGGUAAUAUGAUGGGAGGAGGAGGGAGAGGGGGAGUGUCUGUUUCCUCUCCGCAUCUUUCCGGUGCCGUUCUGUCGCCGCAGCACGGCGGCGUCUCAGCCACAGGAAGUAGCAGCAGCAACAACAGUGCGAGCAACAACAUGGCCGCCGCUGGAGCGCACCUAGGGGUCGUCUCUCAGAGUCCAGGUCAGGGUCAGGGAUCUGGGAUGUUUGGUCUAGGGUUAGGUCGAAGUGUGUGUGACGAAGACGUGUGUGAAGUCAGUGCCAAUGAGAGCAGCGUGACUUAA